AUGAUCCCACCUCAGAUGAGGGAAGAGGUACAUGUAUGCCCUGCAGAGUUUGAAUGGAAUGAAGAAUUUGGCGUUUGUGUCGCAUGUAAACCUGGUUAUUACGGAUUUAAUUGUUCAAAAUCAUGUGUUAAGCCCUUUUAUGGCUAUGGGUGCCAAAAUCAAUGUGUGGGAUGUAAUGAGAGCCUUUGUGACGUUUCCACAGGUUGUCCAAUAUCCACAGAGUCAACAGUAUCAACACAGGUAACUACAGUAUUAACGACACAAGGAGAAAGUUUGUCUACAGAUCCAAAACAAACAAAGACUGUCCCCAACACGUCAAAGGUUCUUUCAAGCAAAUUCAACACCACCGAAGCUCAGAAGUCUACUUCUCUCCCACUAUCAACAUUUACUUCAUCCUUAACUUCAACGACUUCAAAACCUUCGUUUUUCGACUCUUAUUAUCCUAUUUUAUUGGGAAUCUUUGGCGUUUCUUCGCUUUUCCUCAUCAUCUUUACCAUUUAUGUCAGCUUAAAUAUACAUGAGAGGUGUUCGAAACGACGAAAGAGAACAAUACCACAUAAUGUGAGUGUCGAAGUUAGUGAUACCUACCAAGAGAUUCAUAACUUGGGUACAGAUGGAAACAUAGGAUAUGAUCCUUUAGAUCAUAACAGACCUUCAAAGAAAAGCCAACAGGAUCGGAGUCUGGAACUCGUUGAUGUAGUUCAGAGUAAUGUAAAAGAAAACGCAACAUACCAACUAAAGAGCACCAAUGAAUAUUCCGAGAUUAACGAUGGAAAACAAUCACCGUCCACGAAUCUUCCUAUUUGUAAGACGACGUCUAUUCACACAUCUUCAAGACAAAAAACGCUUGCACAACAUGACAAAUUGGUUUUAAGAACAAAGAAUUCCUCGCCAGAUAAUGAUGGAUAUAUGUUACCAAACUCGGGGGCUUGUGUAAUGAGCGACGUUGGGGAUGAAUUAUGUUCUAGUCCUUACACAUCUCCACAUACUUCCCCUUGUGAGAACUAUUUAGACAACGCUGAAGUGAACAGUACAAUAAACGACGAAUGCGUAAAUGUGUAUCUGACAGUUCUGCCUGAUUGAAUUUGUAAACAAUAAGUCUAUACUGCAAAAUAAAAUAAAUUAAAAAUAACU